AUGUCCUCCAACCAAAUCCUCCCUCCCUCCAUUCCUGCUCUGCCGCAGCUCACCGCGCCACACCGCACCACCUACUGGCAGAAGGCGCACCUCGGUAUUUUGCGGCUCUUUGCCGCGCAAUAUUUGAGGCCAAGCCAAGCCAUGCCCAUCACACCCGAUGGGAAGACCUUGCUACGGCAGCUGACAGCGAAGAACCGCGAGAAUGCCCUGGUGUUGCAACAAAGCGGCUUGCGGCAGUUGGUGAUCUUCCUCGAGCUGGGAACCCGGGGCUGGGCGGAGGUAUUUGGGUUUGGUGGCUUUGAUCCCAUCGGAGGCUGGGCCUGGCAUCCAGCUGAGUUUGAGUGCUGGCCACAGCAGGAGGCCUUGUUGAGCUGCGUGGUGGCCAAAGAUCUCCAGCUUGCGGCCUAUGCGUGCGGCGCUGGGGGCCCCGGUGAGCAUGGUGGCGGCCGUGGUGGUGGGGUCAACUUUAUUUUGACGGAACCAGCCAUGACCGUGCGGAUGGCUGCGAAGCUGGCAGCACCGUAUGUGGUCGACUGGGAUGGCGAUGGAGUGGAAGAUCUGCUCAUGGGCGAUCACAACGGCCUGGUGCGCUACUACUCCAAGCACCCCAACGGCCGCUACUACGUGCGCACUGGGAGUGACAAUCCCUUCCGCUUCAUCGCGCCGGAGAAGGGCCUGACGAACUUGUCGGCCGCCAGCCCGGUGGCGGUGGACUUCGACCAGGACGGCACCCUAGACUUGUUGCUGGCUGUCGCGGGGCGGAUCCAUUACUACCGCCAGUCGGAGGAUGGCACCCUGGCAGAAGUGGAGGCCGCUCGGAGUCCCUUUCGCAACGUCACCUGCAGCUGGGCGUUCUGCCGUUUUCACGCCGCAGAUUGGGAUGCGGACGGGGACAUCGACUUGGUGGUGCCCGCCGGACAGGGCUUGGCGUAUCUGGAGAACGUGGAAGGUGAGCUGGUGCCCAGGACGGGUGCGGAGAAUCCCUUCCGUUACUUCUCCGGUGGCUACGUGGCCAAUCACCGUGGCUGGGAUGGGCUUUACUCAUCACCCUUCAUGGUGGAUUGGGAUGGAGAUGGAGAUCUGGACCUCCUGGUGGGUACAGCUGAGGGUAGCGUGCUGUAUUUCGAGCGGACGGCCUCUGGACGCAUUGUGCAGCUGCAGGGAGAGCAAAGCCCCUUCCAAAGUGUGGGGACACAUUACUAUCCCUCAGUCCAUGCGGCCUUCCGCAGCGGCCACCCUCGGAUGGAACUCUUUAUCGGUGAUGUGGAUGGGAAGGUGACCCUCUAUGCGCGCGAACAAAAUCAACAUUUGACACCGCAAUUGGGCGCCUCCAAUCCCUUCUAUGCCUUGGGUCUUCUGACCUCAGCGGUGCCAGCCUGGCCUUUGAUCGAUGAGAACAAGGACCGGUACCUGAUGUUCCAAGAGGCCAACGUGUCGUCCAACAUGAUUGGAAGGGCGCGGGUCCAAGUCUUCCAAGAGCUCAAGAACCACAGUUUGAUCAACAUCACCACCACGGGCACGCCUUUAGCGGCCAUCGGCGCUCGAUGGCUACAAGCAGGCGAGCCAGUGGACGUUGACUUCAACAAGGAUGGUCAAGUGGACCGUUUGACCAUUUGGCCUGAUGGGCGGAUUGCCUAUGAGGAGCGCAAUGCUCAAGGGGUGCUGGUGCUGAAGGAAGGCCCAGAAAGCCCCUUUGAUGGUUUGAAUUUGGACAACGGGCUGGCCGAUGGCAAAGUGACCGGUUUUUUGCCCAUAGAUUGGAACCAUGAUGGGAACAUGGAUUUGCUCGUUGGCGCUUGGGGUCCACGUCAUUUGAAGUACUUCCAAGCAGGCUGGUGCAAGGUCAAAGCGCCCUGUAGCUUGAAGGGUAUCUGUGGGGCUGAUGGCUAUUGCACCUGCAUGAGCGGAUAUACACUGAACGAUUGCUCGGGCUGUCGUCGUGGCUACUUCACCAAGAUUUCCCCACUGGCCGAUUUGGUGCAGUACAGCUGUGCUGCGUGCCCGGGCAAAGGGAGCGACGCUGGGCUUUGCAGCUUCAGAGGUCUUUGCUCCGAUGAUUUCCACGCCAAAUCUGCAUAUGAGGAGCGAAACCGGCUGCAGAAGAGCAUGCUGGCUGGAAAUGGGACAUGCACGUGCAGCACAUUCUUUCAUGGCAAGGAUUGCUCACUGGGAUUAUGCCCUGCAGGAUAUGAGUAUGACGACGCGCUCCUGGUGGCCGAGUGCGUGCCAUGCCUACCGGGCUUUUACACGAGUUUGGACUCCAACCAGGAGAGAUGUGAGAGGUGCCCGGAAGGAAGCUUCACCAGUGAGCGUGGCACCAGCGCAUGCUCCUUGUGCCGCGGCAGGCUGUUGCUCUACGCGGCCAAUGAGGAGAAGACCGCCUGUCGCUCCAAUUUGGUCACCAAUUUGCCCACGUUUUUCGCCGUGCUGCUGUGGAACUUGAUGAUCUUCCUCAUACCCUUGGCCUGUGGCAUGCCCUUUAUCGUGCAUGACAUCCGCCGCACCCUGGGACGAGAUGGCCUGGUGCGAGUGACCACGAACAGGCAUUGGAUCCUGCACAAGGCGGUGAAAGUGCGUUUCACGGGCACUGGCGUGCCACAGCUGGACCGUGCAGGCUACGCCUACCGCGCGCGGGUGCACACCAGCCGGGAGGUGGAAUUGGUCACCGCCAAGUGCCGUUCACCGGUGGUGGAGGCAAUGGCUUCUUCCUCGGGGCAAGUGCAGGUGUUCUGGCGCCAUGCGAUUGCCUUCACAGGCGUCUUAGGUGUGCCCUUCUCUUUGUGGUUGGUGCUGCUGUUUGUGCUGUACAUUGCCUUCUUGGCCAUCUUUUGGGAGCAGUACGAGCGCCCCAUGUUGGCGUGUGUCUUUCACCUGGCCUUGGGCGCGACCAUUGCGAUCUUGGGACACUGGCUCCGUUGGCAGACCAUUUCCCAAACGCAGAUCAUUCAGGAUGUCCAGGUCUUCGAUCGUCAGCUCCGGCGGCGCUUUCCUCGGCCCAUGACCUGUGAAAAGGGUCCUGCAAGGGCGAUUGAGCCGCAGCAACUGCUGAGAUUUCUGGACUUCUUCCGGAACCACAUAGGCAAUCGAACGACCUACUAUGUGGUGCACAACAUCAUUCUGCCCCUCACGGAGCCCUAUCGCUUAUCCUAUGCGGAGGUGGCUGGACCUUCCACGUGUCACCGGCGAUGGUUCGUGAGCCACUAUUGGGGCACCGACUUCGCACAUCUGGUGUCGAGUGUCGAACGACAUUCACAAGACUGUUCGACUGACUUCACCGAGAAGUAUCCCUACUGGAUUUGCACCUUUAGCAACAAUCAGUGGGCCGUUUCCGAGGAGCUUGGUGACAGCUACUUGGAGUCUUCCUUCUACCAGGCUUUGCGUGGUAAGGGGACCUUGGGCACGGUUAUGGUCUUUGAUGAAGAAGCCAUGCCGUUGACUCGCUCCUGGUGCUUGUUCGAGCUCUUGCAGACGGUGCUUCUGCGCGGCAGCAGCCAUGACUUCAAGGGCCUCAUGCUUUGUUCUCCGCUGGGCACGAUGAACACAGGGAAGGGAAGCCUGGACCUUGCCAUGAAUGUGAGCAACAAGCUUGCAAAAUUGGACCUGGAGGCUGCUGAGGCCAGCAACCGAAGUGACAAAGACAUGAUCGACAACCUUGUGAGACAGGAGGGUGGCUUUGAACAGAUCAACGAGUUUCUAGUCGAUUCCAUCUCCGAGGUGCUUCAUAAGCUGCGCGAACAAUUCACCCGCAACAUCGAUAGCCUGGAAAAAGAUCUCGCCCGGAAGAUGAAUCGAAACUUGGCCAAAGGCCAUGAGAACGGAGAUGACUAUAGGUGCUCAGAUCGAGCGCGCGCGAACACAGCUGAGCCUUCAACACCGAAGAUCCAUGCCACCGCCUUCCAGGCCACUGGGCUUCUCCAUUUCGGUGCCACAGAUGGUCGCCUCACCCUCGACGACGCGUGCUUCACCUGUUCGAGUGCUGAACCUCCCAUGGCGAUUGCUUUGCUGGCCAAGUGGCACCCCACAGGUCGCUCGAUCCUUCAGGAGUGCUGUGCCUUGGUGGAAGCGCCCCCGAUCCAGGCGCGUUUGCAGGACCGCAGCGACGGCCUACGCUUAGCGCUGUGUACCGAGCAAUUGAUGUGCCCCUGGGCCUUGUCCGACGCUCCUGAGGAGCUGGAGGCGACUUUCACUUCACUGGCUGGAGAGGUUUGGCAAGACUUUUCACUGGCUCGAGAGGUGCUGCGCGCGCUCUUGUCGGGUUUGUUGGAGCUUUGCCUGGAGCCCAAGACGCGAUAUCGACCGAAAUAUACCGAAAUGCCUACAGACCGACUGGGUCGGGACUGUGUGCAACCUGAUGAGUCGGUGCUGGGCACAUUGGAUGUGACUGGGAGGCGACGGCCCCCGCGCCCCACGGGCGAUGCGGUGCGCGCGGUGCGCCGGGAGCGCCAGUGGGUCGCACUUCGAGGACUGCGGUGCGCCCGAGGUCGAAACCGCCUGGAGGAGCUGCUGCUGACGCUCCGUGCCAGCGAUGUCUGGCGUCGUGGGCUGCAAAGCCGGGACGCCUCGACGCAGCUGGCCACGGGGCGCCUGGCGAACAUGGUGGCCAACCGCUUGGAUGUGGGAUGCCCAGACGAAGUGCUGUUGAGCUGCUUAGGCCUCAUGCUCGAGGCAGGCACGCCAGACAUCCACAGGCGGAAGCCACUCUACGAGAGAACGCUUCGUGCGGGAGCCGAGCGGGAGCUCUCCCUGUGCAUCGGCGUGUGCGAGCGCCGCCCGGACGUCGCGCGCGGCGAAGUGGCCGAAGGCGUCUUGGGUUUCGUGGUGCGCGCUGCAGUCUCCGACGAGUGGCGCCAAGUGAAGGAGGCCUUGACGUUGAAACUGGGCGACGUCAAAGCACAGGCGGCCGCACCUUGUGCUGCUUGGCAUGCCGUCCUAUCGCUGCCGGCACCAGCUCCAAACUUUGAUAUUUUCACCCUGAGAAACUCUGGCUUGAUGGAGGCGGUUCAGGAGAUGGCUGAUGAAGUGAAGUCCACCGCCUGGGUGCCGAGCUUCGGGCGGUCCAUCGGAAGACGACGACGGACGGGGCCGUUGGACCGUCUCGUAUUGAAAGAAGGUGAGCCGGACUCCGUGGAGAUGUCACGGCUGCCAAACGUGAUGCGGCGAGGACACUGGACACCCAGUACCCGGGGCGCUCAUGUACGCCACAAGUCCUUGCAGGCACGAGACUGGUGGGACGCCCAAUUGAGCGGGGAUGCCGCGCAACGUGUGGCUGACCUUUGCCUUCGCCUGGGCGGCAAAGCCGAACAUGAGCCGCUGGGUCAGACGGUGAAACAGCCCAGCUUCAUUCCGGCCACCCUCUCGCUGCUGCUGUCCCUGGCACGGAAAUCGGCACUUUGGUCAGCAGAUUUGUUCGCCGUGGUUUUUGCAGACUACCGACAGGUCAAGAACAAGCCACUCUCAGAUAUCGAGUUUCGACCCAUGCAGAUCUCCACAUCAUCCUGGGCGAGCACUGCAUUGCCCCAGACCUUUCAGCUGGGCUCCGUUUGGGCCUCCACCUACCGUGGAACCGCCAGCCAGACGCGAACUUUGGCACUGGGAGGAGGUGCCGCCCGGAACUCCGACGCCGGUGGCUCGGUGGCCGCCUCUCUGGCGGCGGAGGCCUUGCCACGAGAGCUACGCGCUCGGAAAGAGUUGCCUCCGGUGCCCAGCUUCCAUGCGCAGGCCAAGCCAGCCGGCGGAGGCGCAGGUGGAACCAGCACCGCGCCAGUUGCGCCAGCUGGAGCUGGUACAGGCCUGCUGCGGCACACUGAGGAGGACUCGCGGCGUGUGGCCAUCUUUCGGAAGGAGCGUGAGACCAAGGCCGCUUUGGCCUCGCUGGAGCGCCGCGAGCGCGAGGGGGUGGAAGAAGAUGUGGUGGACCUCGUGAGUGGCUACCGUGAAGGGAGCUAUCCCGACGUGGAAGUCUCGCUGGCCGAUAUCCUCGAGCCCUUGGCGCGUGCGGCCACGGAGGACUUGGGCCUCGCGGAGGAGUUGCUGUUGGCCGUGUGGUGCGGCUUGACGGCCAAGGAGGUGCUCUCCGGUGCCUUCAACGGACUCCUCUCCGGGUGUUUGGGGGAUGUGACCUUGGUGCACUUCCUGCAUAGCCUGGUGGUGCGUUGCAGUCAAGAUUAUGGGAAGACACUGCCACUGCCCGCCCUACAGCGCACUCUGGGCUUCUCGGAACUCAGUGGCAUUCAGGCCCUGGAGGAGCUCUUGGAGAGUGGCUUGGGCCGCUCGGGAGUGGCGCGCUUGGUGGCCACUGGAGCUGCAGAAGAACCGGGGAUGGGCGAAUUGCCAAUACGCGGCCUCUUUGGUAUCUUCGGUCCUGAUCGCGCAAUCGAUGCCAUGGGAAAAGCGUUCUCAUGCCGUACAGCGAGCGAUGCCUUCGAUGUGGAGAACACCUUCGGUGUCAGCAGUGCCGAGACCUAUCGCUGCCAGCUGAAGCGUACCAGGAGCGAUACGCCAUGGCAAAUGAAGCUGGCCAUUCAUCGUGAGAUCGAAGGCUUCUUGAUCACGGAGACGAAACAGUCCUUGGCCGUGAAGACAUGGAAUGAUGCGAAUCCCAGGAGUUCCAUCAAAGCGGGCCAUGUGAUCCUCGAGAUCAACGGCUUCACAGAUCAUGCGAACAUGAAGGAACAGAUCCUGCAAGCGACUUCGAUUGACAUGUGCAUUUGCUCUGUCCUCACAGUCCUUCAGCAAGUGGCCUAUGAGGUCUUUGAGCAGCAGCAGAGUCUCUACGCUGCAGUGGAUGCCAUCGUCCAACCGGUGGACGUGACGGAUUUGGCCGAAGGAUGCUCGAUUUGCCACCAGGAUCUGGAUGCCCGCGUGGUGCGUUUGCCUUGUGGUCAUGACUAUCAUGACUUUUGCAUCAAGAAGUGGUUCACCACCGGCAAUCACAGAUGCCCUUUGUGCAAUCAUCAUCUCCAAAUUGAUCCUGCAUGA